GGAUGGGAAUUGGGCUGCAUGGGGAACACGUGGGGGGUUCUGCUCCCAGCCCAAGGCUUUGAGCCCGCCCGCGGGGUCCCUGCCUCGAUGGCCGCACCAUGGGGAGGGGGCUUGAAUGCAGGAGCCGGGCUCGGCUGGUUAUAGAAGCCCCGAGGAGGGCCGUGAGCCGCGAUGCUCCGGCCGCUUCCACGGCGCCCGGCACCGCCUCACGCCGCCGCUCGGGGCCGGGCCCCCCCCCGCCCCGGGUACAAGAUGGCGGCAGCCGGAGCGCAAGGCCGGGGCGGCGGGCGGCGGGCGGCGGGGCGGGCAGGGCCCGGCAGCGCGGCGCUGAGGAAGCCGCCCGGCCCCCGCCGCCUCUCGACGGGCCCCGAGCGGGGCCGGGUGUGUGCCGGGCCCCGCCAUGAGCGGCGCGGCGGAGGCGCGGGAGCUGGAGGAGCGGCUGCGGGAGGCGGCGGCGCUGGGGGACGCGGAGGAGGUGCGGCGGCUGCUGCGGGAGGGCGCGGACAUCAACUCCCGCAACGAGAUCAACGGCUGGACCUGUUUGCACUGGGCCUGUAAGCGGAACCAUGCACAAGUGGUGUCCUGCCUGCUGGAUGCUGGUGCAGAUCCACAGAUCCUCACAGCCAAAGGAGAGCUGGCUGCACAGCUAACUGCCAAACCAGACAUCCGGAAGAUACUGGGAGUAGAGGAAGAAACUGAAUGUCAAGGAAUGAAGGAUUUGAAUCUGCCAAUUGUUGCGAACUACUUGGCCAACCCUCCAUUCCCUUACGUUUACACCGAAGAAAGCAUUCCAGACAGCCUGGCAGAACCCCAGAAUGAAAGCGCUUCCAUCUCCUCUGCCUCCCAGUGUGAAACCAGCCCUUGUUCAUCAGCAGCUCAGGUUGAAAGCAUCUGCACCCCUACAUCAUGCAACAGCGAAGAUGACUUCCCUGCACAGGCCGCUGCAGAGCAGCUGCCCACCCCACCACCACCUCCCACAGCCCCGGAGUGCCCCCGGCCUGCGGUGCCCGAUGUCCCUCAGCCAUUGGUAUCCAACAUCCCCACACCAGUGGUACCCAAAGUCCCCCGGCCAGUGGUCCCCAAUGGCCCCAUCUGCCCAUCGCCCGCGCUGGCAGCACUUGAACAGGCCAGACCUCUGCAAACCAACAGUUCACCCACUGGUCCCACAGCAGCAUUCCAGCCCUUCUUCUUCACUGGAACUUUCCCAUAUAACAUGCAAGAACUUGUGCUUAAGGUGAGAGUCCAGAACCUCAGAGACAACGACUUCAUUGAAAUCGAACUGGACAGACAAGAACUGACCUACCAAGAUCUGCUCAGAGUGAGUUGCUGUGAAUUGGGUGUUAAUCCAGAGCAAGUCGAGAAGAUCAGGAAAUUACCCAACACACUCGUAAGAAAGGACAAGGAUGUUGCCAGACUUCAGGACUUCCAAGAGCUGGAGUUAGUCCUUGUGAAAAGUGAUGGCUCUCCCUUCCGAAACGCUGCAUCCACUUUGAUGGAGAGGCCAUGCUACAACAGCAGAGCAUCGAAGCUGACAUACUGACUCUUCCAGUGCAGCUGGAGGAUGGAAACCUGGUAAUUCUCUGAUGCUACUGCCUUUGGAAGGCAGCGAAUUAAGCGUGUGUAAAACCUUAAGUUAUUGUUAGGGUUGCUAUUUUAACUGAUAGUUUAUCUUUUGUAUUUAAUAUCCCCUUUGCUUUUAUUUUUUUAUUGAUACUGGAUUCAGAUAAGGGAUACCUCAUUUGUCUACUAAAAUCACAUGCUUCCAAUGUCUUUCAGUGAAGUUUAUUGGUUGUAUUUGAUAACAGAGGGCAGGAAAGACUUAAUUAUUGCUGUGAAAAGUGUGUUUACUCCACUCUUUGACCAAAUAGGACUCAUGGAAAAGAUUCAGGAAACUCUGUGUAUGUGUGUGUAUGUAUAUAUAUAUAUAUUUUUCUUUAAAAUUCCUGAUUAAGUUAAAGAUCAGAGGAUAUGUGGCAUACAAUGAACAGGUGCUCUCUAUUGAUGUAAAACUUGCAAGUCUUUGUAUAAGUAAGUAAGUCUCUUGCCCCUUCCCAAAGCCUUGCCAAGGUGUGUUGUCUUGCCUGCUGGGGCUGGAAAUACUUAAUGCUCUGAAGUGACAGGAGACAAAAAGUCACUGGGCUGAAAAUAAGUGGAGAAAGUGUGUCACCUUUAAAUGUUUCUUUCCCAUAGGAGAGUAUUGUAACUUAAGUAGUGGCAUCCCUCCUCAAAAAAAUACAGCAGCCUCUCUUAAAUGCUUAUUUAAGCCACAAAGCAAGUUAAAGAAAUGUCCUGUUGAAAGCCCUUCUGUUUGAGGAGCCAGGGAGGGGAUCAUAAAUCCAUGUCCAUGGUUUUAGUUAUUUAUUUUCCCCGAGGAUGUGAGGAGACUGUGCAUUACUCCAAAGCCAGUCCUAUUAAGUCAGGUAAUGCCUUUAUGGCCCACCCUCACAGACCAGUUAACAGGGUACAUGGUUAGUUUCUGCCCUGUGAGAAGCAGAAGCACAACGGUAUACUUUUGAGGUAUCAAUCCCAGCUGUGAGGAGCAUUCCACACUCUUGAUUAGCCAUACUAAACCAUUAGCAAAUAACUAACCUGUAACUUUACAUGUUGCUGAGUCUACUAUCACUUUUACGUAGUGUCCAUAGUUUUAGCUGAGUGAGUACUGAAAGGGCUGAAUGCCUCCAGGUGCUUCCAACUCAUUUUGGGGGCUGGGGGGAAACAGAUUCUGGUUAAAGUACAUUAAGUUUACUUAGAUUUAAGCAAGUCAGUAAUGAAAACAUCCACCUGUGGUUUUAUGAAUGGCAAAAGUCAGCAUUAAAACACACCCUGAAGUCACUCCCCUUCUGUCUGAACAAAGUACUUAAGUUGCAGCAUUGCAGGAGCAUUAACUUGAAGCUUUUCCUGUGAAUGUGGUAGUCUGCAAAGUUACACCUUAGGAGGCUUUUAGGGAUUUUUGUACCAAAAAACUAUAAUGAAUGAUGACCUUUGCAGCAAGCCCCUUAACUGGGUACUGAGGUGGCUGAAGGGAGCUGCUGCUGCUUUUCUUUUCCCCCAAUAGUAUUGACUUUCCUUCCAUCUCUGUUUUUUCAAGCUGCACUAGAGCAGAGUUUCUGCACAGCUGAUGCAGUGGUGGUGGUUGUUGAGCUGGACUGGGGUGUUGACAUUCAGACCAUAUCAAUAGAACAAUCAGUGUGUUUUGGUAGGAGCAGCACAGCUGCAGCAAGGUUAGCAAGAGCUUUGCAAGAAGAACAUACACUUGACUCUGGGUUCAGCAUUGCACCAUGGGACUUAGGCUUCUAAUUCUUGCUUAGUGCAAAGUAAUUAUCAUGCUUUUGCACUUGCUCCACAUACAUCCUCUCACUUAAACUCUGCUAACCUCCCAUUCUCAAUCCUGCCUCUCCUCUAGCCAGGAGCCAGGCUAUUUUAGAGCCCUAUUCACCUCCUGGUGAGCUCAAGACUGUGACACAGUACUAAAAUUCCCUCACUCUGGCUCCUGCUGUUCUUCUUGUAGCACAGGAAAGGAGCUUUUAUUUCAAUGAUUGUCUGUUUCUCUUUUCAGCACAGCUUGGAGGCUAGUUUAGAUUAUGUGCAAUAACUGUCUGAAAAACAAUAAUAGUGACUCAAAGUUAAAAGUAUCUAAUUCAUUUUCAGCUCCUUUGUUUAGGAAAUCAGUGUAAAGGCUACUGAACAUUCAGCUACAGGAGCAGCUGGUUUAAAAGCUUUACUUGCUCUAGCAUCCACCAAGAAUAACUGUUAAUGUGAUCAGACUAAAACUUUAAUCAUGAUCUGACUGUAAUAACAGUAAGUCUAUGCAUUCAGAGAAAUAUUUUUGUAUGUUUUAUGCAGUUUGAUAAACUCUAAGGCACACUAGUGUUAUGUUAACUGUGUUUUGUUGUUGGGUUUUUUCCUUUGAAUAAUAAACAACUGAAACUAAGUUUAUACGAAACUUACUGUUCUUCUAAGGACAACUUUUGUUUGCACUACAAACUUGUACUGACCUGACGUUGCUACUCUUCACCUCUAUUAAAGUAUCAGUUGUUUAAAGUA